GGUUUCAAGUCAAGAUCAGAAGGACGCUCCUGACAAGAUCUUGUUCCACCGUGCCGGUGGACUCGGCACCACCUUAUCUUUGCCGCCGUUUCAUCAUGAACGGGAUGUCGCAACCAUCUUCUGUUGCCCCCAGUCGUCUCACAACGGCUGAUCCACGGGACAUUCAGUUGUUCUGUCUACUGCCCAGGUCGGCCCUCAGGUAGUAGUUUCCACGUGCUGGACGAGAGUUCAGUGCGCUCCGCAAGUUCAUAGAGCUUGCGCCCGGACUCUCGAGAGAGAGCCAGGUUCCCGAUGCUUGGUUAGCCCCCUUGCAUCCACAGUCGUCUCGCGACGGCUUUACAACAGAGUACUUGGUUGCUUUGUUCACUGUCUAAUUUAGGCAGCACCCUCGUUGACGUUCAACGCGGGCACGUAAGCGGGAGCUUACGAUGCGACUCUCGAAAUGAGAGUCAGAUUUCCUCGGGAGGGGAAGGUAUACUGAUUGUCAGUAGGCCAACGAACGCCUGACGAAUGCCGCUCAGGCGUUUGUGUACUCAUGGUGUCCAUGGGAGAAGGGCACGAAUUCCGUGUCCCAUCUAGCGCUCAAUGAGCGUCACCAGCGAAACGCUGGUCAUCGACAGACCUGGCCAGUCCCUCGGUUUUGAUAGUCCCACUUGUCUGCCUGGUUUUCGGGAAUCCCGGUGCUACCAGCCUUGUGGUGACUUUUCAGUCUCGCCGACUUUAUCGGCUGCGCCUCCCUUUUCACUGGUGAUCUAUCUGCUUGUGGAUAUGUUCUCGAACGGACACAACACGUGCGGUAUCGCAGUUCGCUCUUUAUCUGGGGCGUUACCCGAGAUCUUGCACGUUGAAAGUGUAAAGAGACAAUCUGCAAGUGGAUAUUUGAAGUGGUGUUACGUCUACGAUAGUCAUUCUUGUUGUCCAUCUCAGUCAUCGAUCUCUUCCGGCCGAUGCUUUUGAUCAACAAGCAGGAGCUGCGAGAGAAAUAUCUGAUAGAUGUUGAUUAGUGAAGAGGGCUGAUCACCCUUUCCGAUCUUAUGCAUCGAGAUUGACUGUCACUU